AUGACCGGGAUCGCUCUUCCAACUCCAUGCCCUACAAGAUGGAAUAGUCUUUUUGACAGUCUAGUGGCCUUCCUUCAAAACUUUAAAAGUCUCGAGGUAGUCAACAAGUUAUUCUCCUCGCUGACACUUCCGCUGUUAACAAAAGAGGAUAUUGAACUACUGAACGAGUAUAUGGAGGUUAUGAAGCCACUCGCAGUUGUUCUAGACAUUUUGCAAGGUGAUAAAGGGGUACUCCUUGGAGUGGGCCUUGUUUUGCCUCUGAUUACCAGAUUGAAGGAUCUACUAAAUCAACGAGUCUACUUACAUCUUGGACCAAUACGUGACCGAGUUCUUGAGAAAGUUGAUAAAAGAUUUGGUAAACUCUUCGAGGAUCCAUGGUACUUAUUGGCAGCAUUGACUCAUCCGUGCUUUAAGGCACACUGGAUCAAAGACCGAAGGAGCCAAGAAGAUGCCAAACUAAAACUCAGACAGCUGAUUCAAGACGCAACAUACUCACCAGUUUUGGAAAAAAGCAAGACAUCUUUAGCCGAAGAGUUUUUGGUGUUUGAUGAUAUCCAUCCUUCCGGAAGACCGGAUGACGAGGUAGAUAGAUUUUUAAAAGAUAAUGACACCUCAGUAGGUAUGCUAGAUAACUAUCCGCAGAUAAAAGCUUUGUUUAUAAAAUAUAACACUGUCAUUCCGACUAGUGCUCCAUUAGAGGAUCUUUUUAGCCUCGCAGCACUAAUUUUAACUAUAAGAAGGAAUAAAUUGUCAGAUUCAAUGUUGGAAAUGUUGAUAUUUUUAAAAAUUGCUUUAAAUUUGUAA